UCUCGAACCACCAAACUUCAACAUCAACCGCCAACUGAAAAUUUCUCCAUAUUAUUUUUAGAGAGAGAGAGAGAGAGAGGAAAAACUGAAAUUAAAUAUUUGUUGAAAAACAUUUCUAAAUUUGAUUUAAUUUGAAUUUUAUAAUAGCAAUUGAAAACCAUUGAACAAUCAUUAUUAAAUCAAAUCAAAAUGGCUACUACCGUCACUCCAAAUGUGUUAUGGGCUCAACGUUCAAGUGAAUCUGAUGAAUCCAAAAAUGUUCUUUAUGUUACCAUUGAAGUUCUUGAUCCAACUAAUAUUAAAUUAGAUUUAACUUCAACUCAUUUAAAAUUAACCGCUGAUUCACAAGAUAAUAGUAAUCAUUAUAACUUGGAUAUCGAAUUCUUUGAUGAAGUUGAUCCUGAAAAGUCUCAUAAAAAUACUGAAAGUGGUUCUCAUAUCUAUUUAGUUAUUAGAAAGAAGACUGCUCAAGAAGAAUUUUGGCCAAGAUUAACUAAACAAAAAUUAAAAUAUCAUUAUAUUAAAACUGAUUUUGAUAAAUGGGUAGAUGAAGAUGAACAAAAUGAAGUUCCUGAACAAGAAGAUGAAACUGCUAAUAUGAUGAACUUUGGUGGUCCAGGUGGUCCAGGUGCUCCAGGUGGUUUAGAUUUUUCACAAUUAAUGGCCGGUGCUGGUGGCGCUGGUGGUGCCGGUGGAUUUGAUUUCUCACAAUUAAUGGGAGGUGCUGGAGGUGCUGGAGGUCCAGGUGGUUUACCAGGAAACUUUGAUAUUAGUGCUUUAGCAAGUCAAUUAGGUCAAGCUGGUGGUGCUAAACUUGGUGAAGAUGAUGAAGAAGAUGACGAUGAAGAUGAAGAUGAAGAUGAAGAUGAUGAUGAUGAAGAAGAAGUUGAAGAAGUUACUGAAUAAGCAUAUUGCUUAUCUCACUUGUUACUCUUCUAAAUCAAUAAUUUGUAUAAAAUUUUUCAUGUUUGAUU